CCUUCAGCCAGGCAACACGCUUCCUACUUUUUCCCAACAUCAUCUUUCAUUGCAUUUCAAGAGACACCAAAGGCUUUGACUUUGCAUCUCUUUCACUCUUACACACACAUCAUAGUCUGCCCUCGACGCCGACUACUCUACACGCCCUUUGCUUUAAUCCACUUGCCCUCUCAACACUUACACCACAAUGAAGGCCUUAAUUCUCGUCGGCGGCUUCGGUACGCGUCUUAGGCCGCUCACUCUCUCGUGGCCCAAGCCUCUUGUCGAGUUCUGCAACAAGGUAGCUAGCCUUCACCAGAUUGAGGCCCUUGUCAAGGCCGGUGUCAAGGACAUUGUUCUUGCCGUCAACUACCGCCCUGAGGUCAUGGUCUCCGUGCUCAAGAAGACUGAGGAGGAGUACGGCAUUACCAUCAACUUCUCGGUCGAGACUGAGCCCCUCGGCACUGCCGGUCCUCUUGCCCUUGCCCGCGACAUUCUCGGCAAGGACGACUCGCCCUUCUUCGUCCUCAACUCGGAUGUCACCUGCAGCUACCCCUUCGAGGCCUUCCGCGACUUCCACCUUAAGCACGGCCACGAGGGUUCGAUCAUGGUGACCAAGGUCGCCGAGCCCUCCGCCUACGGUGUCGUCGUGACCAAGCCCGGCUCGACUGUCAUUGACCGCUUCGUUGAGAAGCCCGUCGAGUUCGUCGGUAACCGCAUCAACGCCGGUAUCUACAUGUUCAACCCCUCGGUGCUUGACCGCAUCGAGCUCCGCCCCACCUCGAUCGAGAAGGAGAUCUUCCCUGCUAUCGCCGCCGACGGACAGCUGCACUCUUACGACCUUGCUGGCUUCUGGAUGGACGUCGGUCAGCCCAAGGACUUCCUUUCAGGUACCUGCCUCUACCUCUCGCACCUCACCGCUACCCACUCGCCUCUGCUCUCCGACCCCGCGCAGAACAAGUGGGUUUACGGCGGCAACGUCAUGGUCGACCCUACCGCCGAGAUUGACCCCACGGCCGUUAUCGGCCCCAACGUUGUCAUCGGCCCCGGUGCCAAGAUCGGCAAGGGCGUUCGUCUGCAGCGCUGUGUCAUUCUCUCCAAUGCCACCAUUCGUGACCACACCUGGAUUGCCUCGUCCAUUGUCGGCUGGAACAGCACUGUCGGACGUUGGUGCCGUGUUGAGAACAUCACCGUCCUUGGCGACGACGUCAGCAUCAAGGAUGAGCUGUACAUCAACGGUGCUUCGGUUUUGCCCCACAAGAGCAUUUCCUCGAGCAUCACCGAGCCCCGUAUCGUCAUGUAAGCCGGGGUGUCACCCUCUUUGGCUUGCAGCCACCAUCUCUCAUUCCCGCUCUCUCCUCUCUCGACUACCCUCUCGGCACGGAUGUCGCAUUGGAUUACACUUGCGUCACCUUGUCACAAAUCGGACUCUGUAUACGGGGUCUUGGCUAUGCAUUGAAUACACUAGAG